AAAUACCGAGGGCACUUUUGGGAAUUCAUGAGCGACGGAUUUCAACCCUCCUUCUCCGAUCUGGCAAGGAAGCACGGGAAUCUUCUGGGUACCAUUUGCACUCAACCUAUUUUCCACUGAACUGUUCUACGCAGAUACACACACGUUACCUAUUUCCUCAAUAUACAGAAAUAUACCAAAAACUCGUAUCUCUUUGAACCGGAGAAGAAAUUCGAUUGGCUGCGCAGCUGGUGGCCUGAAUUGGCCAGUGCUAAUAGUUCUGGAUUGUUAUAUGCCGAUUAGCAGAAACUGGAGCCAUGGCAACAUCAAAGAAAGUAAUCACCAGAGGAGAGUGGGAGAAAAGGCUGAAUGAUGUUAAGAUUAGAAAAGAAGAUAUGAAUAAGUUAGUGAUGAACUUCCUAGUCACCGAGGGUUACGUGGAAGCAGCAGAAAAGUUCAGAAUUGAAUCUGGGACUGAACCUGAUAUUGAUCUUGCAACCAUUACCGAUCGGAUGGCAGUUAAGAAGGCAGUGCAAUCUGGUAAUAUUGAGGAUGCAAUUGAAAAAGUUAAUGAUUUGAACCCUGAGAUACUGGAUACAAAUCCACAGCUCUUUUUUCACCUCCAACAGCAAAGGUUGAUAGAACUGAUACGGCAUCACAAAGUGGAAGAGGCUUUAGAGUUUGCUCAUGAAGAACUUGCUCCAAGGGGAGAGGAAAAUUAUGGCUUUCUUGAUGAGUUGGAGAGGACAAUGACAUUGCUGGCGUUUGAAGAUGUUGAGAACUGCCCUCUUGGAGAGCUUGUAGAUAUGUCACAGCGUCUCAAGACAGCAAGUGAAGUCAAUGCUGCAAUUCUCACUAGUCAAAGCCAUGAGAAAGAUCCAAAGCUUCCAAGCUUAUUGAAGAUGUUGAUAUGGGCGCAAAACGAGCUUGAUGAGAAACUUGCUUACCCUCGCAUAAAAAUUGUGUCUACUGCUGCACUCGAAGAUCCUGAUGUCUGAACGAACGGCAGGAAGCUGCAUGUGAGGUUCAGGGUGGUUGAUAUGCUCGCCCCGCCACGAUUGUAUCAAGUUGUCCUUUGUGACUCAUGUCACAACAAGCCACCUUUGUGCCAGAGUGCUUUGUUAAAUGUCACAUUCUCCAUCUUUGCUUUGCGUGGUUCCUGGUUAACCAUUAUGCCAUCAUAUCAGUAAGUAGCAAAUGGCUGUAAAGUUGCAUGACUGAGGUGACCAAAAUUAAACAAUCAUGACAUAUUCUUUUACCCAUUC